GAGCGGCCCUUCAGCUGAACACUCGAUCUAACAACACAUCUUGCCCGCCGUCCUCAAUUAAAGCCCCGUUCCCCGUCCUCUAUCAAAAAUGUCAGGGGCCGAAGCGCCGUUGAUAGCAAACAUUGACGCUACCGGAGAAGUAGAGCCGGAAAACGCAUCAUCAGAAGGAAUUCACGAGGAUGGCGCCAAUUUACCUAGAUUACCAGACGCGCCACCAGGCCUGUUUAUCUGGCUGCUGGUGCUAUCGGCGGGGAUAAGUGGUCUUCUUUUUGGAUGUAGAUACUUCGCAAUUUGCUCCUUGCCCCAACGACAAUGACUUUGCUGAUUAUCAACUGACACUCAAUGACCACCAGACGAUACGGGGGUAAUAUCAUCUACGCUGGUCUCCAUCGGCGACUCCCUCUCGGGCCGUCAACUCACAUCUCUGGACAAGUCGGUCAUCACAUCGUGCACCUCGCUAUUUGCACUCUUGAUCUCCCCGUUUUCCUCAUCCAUUGCCGACAGCCUGGGCCGGAAACGCGUCAUCCUGGUCGCAGACUUCCUCUUCGCGGUUGGUGCCAUCUUGCAGGCAUGCAGCGACACUGUGGCCGAGAUGGUCGCUGGCCGGUCCAUUGUCGGGGCCGGCGUCGGGGCCGCAUCCUUUGUAGUGCCACUCUACAUCGCCGAGACCGCCCCAGCUGACCACAGGGGCAAGCUGAUCACCAUUAACGUGCUGUUUAUCACGCUGGGCCAGGUGAUCGCCUACGUGAUUGGCUGGCUUUUUGCCGAGUAUGGUGACAAGUCCAGCGGCUGGAGGUGGAUGGUUGGGCUGGGAGCUGUUCCUGCUGUGGUGCAGGCGGUGCUCCUCCUCGGGAUGCCAGAGACUCCACGUUGGUUGGUCAAGUCAGGCCGGGAAGAAGAGGCACUCGAGAUUAUCCGUCGAGUUUCCGGUGGCAAACACAGAUCGACCUCUGACCGGGUGGCUCAGCGAGUCCUUGAGGAAAUCCAGGUCGAGAUCCGUGAAGAGUCCGAAGCCCGUAGACGGCUCUUGGCCAGCCGUGACGGGAUGCAGUCAUCGAGACCAGAGUGGAUGGAAAGAUGGUCAGAACUUGUAAAGGUGAGGCGGAACAGACGAGCUCUGACUGUUGCGUGCCUUCUCCAAGGACUACAGCAACUGUGUGGAUUUAACUCCUUGAUGUAUUUCUCUGCAUCCAUAUUCACAAUGGUCGGUUUCGCGACGCCAACCCUAACGUCAUUAACGGUUGCCGUUACAAACUUUGUCUUCACGGUGCUGGCACUUUUGCUGGUAGACCGCAUUGGCAGGCGUCGAAUACUCUUAUAUUCCCUACCUUUUAUGAUUGCUGGACUACUCCUUGCAGCGUUUGCAUUCUCGUUCAUAUCGAUAUCUUCGGCGCCAACAUCAUCACCGAUACCUAGCGCUGCCAAGACGGGGGAUGCGCAGCUGUCACCGCGGGCUGCGGCAGUGAUGAUACUCAUAAGCAUCAUGAUAUACGUUGCAUCCUACGCCAUUGGGCUCGGCAACGUUCCGUGGAUGCAAAGCGAGCUCUUUUCGUUGAGCGUGCGAUCAGUCGGCAGUGGGGUCGCGACAGGGACCAAUUGGUUGGCCAACUUUGUGGUGGGCUUGACGUUUUUACCCUUGAUGGAUGCAUUUGGACCGGCUGCAACUUUUACCAUGUACGGGGCUGUCUGUGGUAUCGGUCUCGUGCUCAUCUGGCGGAUCUAUCCGGAGACGACGGGAUUGAGUCUCGAGGAGGCGGCAAGCCUGCUGGAGGGUAGCGCCUGGGGGGUGCGGUAGGGCUGCGCCACGCAUACACGGUACUUAGUACCUACGCAGUAGAUCUAGGUAGUUCUUGAACUAAUUAGUCCCUGUAUCGAUAGAGACAACCAGGCCUCGUUCGGGUGCAAAAUUUCGGGUGCCAACUGGGACCGAGGUUUGUAAUUCAUUGGAUUUUCACAUGACCGA